AUGUCAUCUUCUAAGAGGAAGAGGGAGGCAAUAGAUCUCGAGAGGAGGGACGACGCCGAUGGUAGUGGAGGCCAUCGCCGGGCCGAAGAUGGCCCGGCAGCGGAGAAGAAGGGACAAGUCAAGCCAGGAGAGGCACCAUCCGAAGAGGUGGUUGAAGCGGUUGUGGACCGGGGAGAAGACGGCUCCAAGGAGGAGAUCAAAUAUGGUACUCCACAAGGAGGGGUGAUGGAGGAGGACAAGCAAUCAGCUGCUGACAACCGCGGCGGCGACGAGGAGAGCGAUGAUCAGACUGGCGAUGAUGCAGUUGGAACUCGCGCAGAAGACAAGCACAUGGUAGAGGCGGCUCCCGGCGAUCAUAACCAUACCGCCAUGGCGCGCGACGAGCUGAGCACGAUGCAGGAGGAGAUGGAGAAGAUGAAGGAGGAGAACAAGAUGCUCCGGCUAGUCGUCGACCAGACCGUGCGCGAGUAUAACGAUCUGCAGACCAAGCUGGCAGCCUACCAGAAGCAGCCGGCAGAUGAGCCUAAGGAACCCGAGGUGUUCCUCACCCUCGGAGGCACGACGCCCGCCACCGGCGGCUUAACCGCGGAGGCGAAGAGCAAGGCGGAUCAGGCGGCGCGGCGAAGACCUUCGGCGGGAAGCGACGAAACGGACGACCGCGGUGAGGGUCUAGGGCUGUCCCUCACCCUCGGCGGCGCGUCGUCGUACGAGGAGGAUGCAAGGCACGACGGUGGCGCGGCACUGGACAUCGUCAGCGAUGGCAGGGAAAGGAGUUACGCGCUGCUGGAGAGUAGCAAGAUGCAUUCCCCGGCACCCCCGGUCGCCGAAGACCUCGCCGCUGCCGGAAUCGGCAGCCAGGGCGGCGUCAACCCUGCCAACCGCAAGACUAGGGUUUCCGUGCGCGUCCGGUGCCAAGGCCCCACCAUGAACGAUGGGUGCCAAUGGCGGAAGUAUGGGCAGAAGGUCGCCAAAGGGAACCCGUGCCCGAGAGCCUACUACCGGUGCACCGUCGCGCCGGCGUGCCCGGUGCGCAAGCAGGUACAGAGAUGCCAGGACGACAUGUCGAUCCUCAUCACGACGUACGAGGGCACGCAUAACCACCCGCUCCCAGUCGGCGCCACCGCCAUGGCCUCCACGGCCACCUCCGCCUCCGCAGCCACCUUCAUGCUGCUCUCCAGCACCAGCUCCGACGCAGCUGUCUCCGGUGGACCUCCGCCGUCCUCCUCCUCCUCCUACCUCAGCCCCUACAUGCAGCACAACUCAGCCUCUCACUCUCACUACCACUCAUCGGCCGCAAUGGCCGGCAGCGGUUCGCAGCACCUCAACCUGUUCGGCCAUUCGUCUGCCCUUGCCGUUCAGCAAGGACCGCACCUAAAGUACCCGUGGCCUCCGAACCCUUCGCACGGCAGUAGUGCGGUUGGGUUGGGAGGGGGCAAGAGGCCAUUCUGGAGCACCGGAGGCGUCAACGACGCCAGGCCGGCGGCGUUUCCCGAGAAUGCUGGCACGGUGGCGUCGGACCAAAAUAGGUUCUCCGCGGCAGUCGCCGCCGCGAUCAACAACUUAACGGGGAAAGACGGGCAGGUGACGGGAGGCAACAAAGAGGGGGAGAGUAGCAACAAGUGGGGGGUGAUUGAAUCACUUCCACCCCAUGACUAG